UUGCGUUCGCCCCGGGUGGAAUGGUUGAAAGCAUGAGGUACCUCAUAGCCUUCGGUUUUCUCGCCACGGCUGUCGGCCAAGAGUGCGGAGUGCCGAACGACGCCAGUGCGUACAUUGUCGGCGGGGAUGCGGCCAGGAGACUCGAGUUCCCGUGGCAAAUUUCUCUGCAGAAGUUCGAGAAUGGUGUAUGGUCCCAUACUUGCGGUGGCUCGAUCAUCGAUAAAAACUGGGUCUUGACCGCCGCUCACUGCGUCGACUACAGAUUCCAGGGUCUUGAACCAUUGAGGGUGGUGGCCGGCGAGCACGAUCUCACCAAGAACGAAGGCACCGAGAUCUAUUUUGCGGUUAAUCGACGACGGGGAGAUAUUGCGAUCCAUCCGCAGUGGGAUAGCGAUAUCGUUGACUACGACUAUGCCCUCAUACAGCUCGACAGACCAUUGAACUUCACCGGAGCGCAGUCUCGUCUUGCUCCAAUCUGUUUGCCAACACCUGCCGAUGCUACCACUUUCGAUGGCAUGACCUGCGUCGGUAGCGGCUGGGGCGUCACAAAACGGAACGGUCAGCGACAAACGUCACGUACCGGCGCUCCUCCAAAAAGUUGUCUUCAAAAUUCCUCCACAUCAACGAUGCGUUGCGGCCUGGCUCCGAGGCGGCGUCCUGGGCGGAGCGGUUCGGCUCACUCCGCGACACAUCUGUGCCGCGAGCGUUCAAGGAGAAGAUCAUGGAGUCUGCAAUGGAGAUUCCGGUGGACCCCUGCAAUGUUUCACUAAGAACAACCGAUGGACCCUGGCGGGAGUGGCAAGCUUUGUGAAAUAUUGCGGCUCCGCUGCCUAUCCCGACGUUUACGCGCGGACCACCUUGGCACUUGACUGGAUCGAGCGAGUGAAACGUGUUCGCACCCGUAAUGCUUGAGAGAAUAAGUUCCGACUGAAGACCAGAAUAAACAUGUCUGAUGUUCGUUA